UCACCGGCCGGGUCCCAGUGAUUGACAGCCAUAGCUGAUGCAAAGCAGAGCCAUACAAGGCUGUGUGCUUACAGUGAAACACAGCACACAGUAAAACACACACAGCACACAGUUAACCCUUUGAUCGACCCUCAUGUUAACCCCUUUCUGCCCAGUGUCAUUAGUACAGUGGCAGUGCUUUUUAUUAGCACUGAUCACUGUAUUGGUGUCACUGAGGAAAUCAGUGACACCAAGUCAACUCCCCCCAGUGUUAGAAUGCUUGCCACAGUGCCGCUAU